GAGUUUCGCAAUAAGCAAAUGCAGCCCUGAUAACAAACAGUUGAAUAACUGUUGACACGUCACUGGCAAAAGAAAUGAGGUGAGAGGCCCGAGGUCUGAUGAGGCAGAGCGAAUGGAUAGUCUGUAAUGCUGGCAUCAGAAUGAAGCUGUUAUAUUAAAUCAGUCUGAACCACAUCAAAAGCUAAUCAUCAUGGAUGUCGCCUGCAAUGCGACAGCACUUGAGGACCAGGCAGAGAUUAACUCUACCAUUUACCACCUGAUUAAGAUGAUCAUCAUGUGUGUGAGCUGCAGCUUGAACACAAUACUCAGUGUCCCUUUACUCUUGGUCAUCCCACGCUCUCCAUCCCUCCUCAAACACACUCGCUUCCUGCUGCUCGUACACCUUCUCUUCUGCUAUAAUCUCCAGCAACUUAUCUGGAUGAUCAAAGCAGUUCUCUUAGGAUCAAGGGAGAGUUUAUCUUUGACCCAGUGUCUGAUCUUCAAUGCUGUUAACCAGGCCUUCUCAUUGGUGGACCUCUUCCUCAGCACUGUUCUGGCUGUGGAUCGUGUCAUAGCCAUCAAGUGGCCCCUGCACUAUGAGUUCUUUAUAUGUACGAAAAGGAAGCGAGCAACUGUUGCAGCCAUAUGGACAUUAUCAGUCGUGCUCAGCAGUGUGGGUUUGUGUAUCAGCCUCACUACAAUCCAGACUAGGUUUUCCCUUCAGCGCUGUCGAGCGUCUGUCUCGACACCCUGCCUGUCGGCACUGGUGCUUUACUACACUGUGACCACUGCUCUGGUGUUGCCUCUCUGCUACCUGAUCAUCCUGGGAUGUUUCUGCUUGCUCUGCUGGGACAUGCAUGCAGGUCCGUUCUCCACCAACAGAGCUUAUGUCACGCUGACCCUCCAGGCUGUUCAAACCAUCCUUUUUUCAAUUCCUGUGCUCACGAACAGCUACCUAAUCCCCAGCUACCUGCACAAUGAUGCUCUUGAUAUAGCAACCAGCAUCACCUACAACCUGGGGGUGUCACUCAUCCCUCUGGUCUACGGAUACCGCUCUCGGGAACUACAGCAGAGGAUACGACAGGCUGCCCACAUGAACAAAGUCAACAGCCAAAAUGAAUGAUGAGGACUCUUUUGAGGAGUUUUGAAAGCUUUUGCCAGUGCUUCUUAAAUAUCAUGACCAAUAUCUUUCUAUUAAACACGGUUUUACACAGUCACACUACAGAUGGAAAAAUAGGACACAAGGAUAAACUGCUUCACUGGAUUUAAUUUUUUAACUUGAUGUUUUAUAUGCUGUUUAUGUACUCAUCAGUUCACAAUAUAUUAUGUAAAACAUUCAGAAAUACAGAAGAUAAAAUGCACACAAAAGCAUGACAAAAAAAAUAUAUCAUCAAUCAGCUUUAAGACAGUGUGACCAUAAACUGUAAAUAAAAAAUGGACAUAACUUCUGCACCUGGAAAGGGAAGCCAGUGGAAAGUGACUUAAACCUGCAGUCCCUCUAAAGGCCACUGGGGGAAACUUGUAAUUGUGAAUGUCUUUACAAAAGCUUUCAGUUGACUUACAACCUUAGUAAACACUUUUCUCGUUAAA